CCUCCCCGGUCCCGGCCAUGAACCGCGGCGGCCGCCCCCCGCUCCGGCGUCGCACCCUGGGGGAGCCGCCGCCCCUCACCGCGGCUCCGGGGCGGCUGGCGGUCGCGGCGGCGGCUCGGAGCGCGGAACGGGAAGAACUGGCUGCCCUUAACGAUCGUUUCGCCGCUUUCCUAGAACGGGUGCGGGCUCUGGAACGGCAAAACGGGGCUUUACGAAACGCCCUGGGCCGAGCCGCCGCCGCCGCUACCGUUCCCCGUACCGCCGGGCUGGUGCAGGGGGAGCUGCGGGGGCUGCGGGAACGGCUGCAGCAUCUCGGUCGUGACCGUGACCGGCUCCAGGCCGAGAGAGACGGGUUGGCCGCUGAUUUAGCGGCCCUACGGCAGCGGCUGGAGGAUGAGACACAGAAACGGGAGGAUGCGGAGAAGAGCCUGGUGCUGUUCCGCAAGGACGUGGACGAUGCCACACUGUCCCGCCUGGAGCUGGAGCGCAAGGUCGAGCUGCUGAUGGACGAGAUCGGCUUUCUCAAGAAGCUGCAUGAGGAGGAGCUGCGGGACCUGGAGGUGAGCGCCCCGAGCCCGGCGGUGCAGGUGGAGGUAGAGGUCUGCAAGCCGGAGCUGACGGCUGCGCUGCGGGAGAUCCGCACCCAGUACGAGAGCAUCGCCGUGAAGAACCUUCAGGAAGCCGAGGAAUGGUACAAGUCGAAGUUUGCCGACCUUUCGGACGCGGCCAACCGCAACCACGAGGCCCUGCAGCUGGCCAAGCAGGAGAUGAACGAGUCGCGGCGGCAGAUCCAGAGCCUCACCUGCGAGGUGGACGGGCUGAAGGGCAUGAACGAGGCGCUGCAGCGGCAGAUGCGGGAGAUGGAGGAUGAAUUUGGGGAGGAGAUCGGGAGUUACCAGGACGUGGUGGGGCGGCUGGAGCAGGAGAUCCAGCAGAUGAAGGAGGAGAUGGCGCGGCACCUGCGCGAGUACCAGGACCUUCUCAACGUCAAGAUGGCCCUGGAUAUCGAGAUCGCCACGUACCGCAAGCUGCUGGAGGGCGAGGAGAGCCGGAUCACCGUCCCCCUGUACCCUGCCACCUCCUUCAGCAUGAGAAGCUCAGCGCUGGAGCCGCAGCCUGCGGAGAGCCCGGUGCGGAGGAUGGUGCUCAUCAAAACCAUCGAGACGCGGAACGGGCAGCAGGUAGUGACGGAGUCACACAAGGAGCGAGCGGAGCCGGGGAAGUGAUGGAGGGGACCUGCCACACCGGCACCCAUCCUGCACCCGACUCCUGU